GGGUAUCGAAACCCACUUCUCAGACCUCAGUGCCAGCCGAUAGAACUGAACAAGAGGUGACCGCCGGAACCUGUCGAGCACCAUCCACCAGUAACCGGGGUGCGGCCGAGUCAAUUGGUACCGAGAGAGAUGAGCGUAGCGCGUCCAGCCGCCAGGAGGCUCCUCUCCGGACGCCUGGCCGCGGGGCCGGGUGGUGUAGCGGCAUGUGCUGCCCCGGCGACGGCAACAUGCCACCAACUCGGGUUUGCCCACCAGUUCCACAGCUCUCCCCAGCUGUCAGCAAGGCGGAAACCAAGGUUCGCCAAUGUGCGGGCUGCCGAUAUGGGCCUCAUGGACGAGAAGCAGAUCGACCAGUUCACAAAAGAGCAGUUCCCCAAGUACACGCCGGAAGAGAUCGACCACCUGCGGACAAAGUACUCGCCCGCCCAGAUCGCCGCCCUCGAGGCCGGUGAGGCCGCCAUCGACCCGCGCGACUUGACGGUGCAGGGCCGCCUCCGAGUCGAUCCUUACACGAUGCCCUACAUCGACGACUUCGCCGAGACCCAGCCCAUCAUCGACAAGCGGGCCAAGAACAAGGAGGCGCCCGACCCGGGAGCGCGCUUCAUGAACCUGGACGAAUUUACCGAGGAUCUGAUCAAGUGGGCCGACAAGUUCCAGGACGGCGAGGUGACGGGGACGCUCAAGACGACGGCCGACUUUGUGUCGGACGAGUUCAAGAAGAAGCCCGAGGGGCAGUGGCCGGGCGAGGUGCGUGAGGCGGCGCACAAGGCGUUCCAGAGCUACCUCGAGGGCGAGGUCAGCAAGCAGGCGAGCAAGAAGGACCCCGACGACACGAGCGGGCCGACCGACGCCGACAUCCUGCAGUACAUCCUGGAGCGGUCGGGCAUGACGGACAACAACCGGACGACCAACACGUCGCUCGCGCACGCGCUGCCGAACAAGGUGCCCGGCGUGGCGGGCAUGUACAAGAACGCCAUCGACCCGGAGGACGAGGGCCUGGACGACAUCGGUAUCUACCAGGACCUCAAGCGGCGCACGGGCCUGAGCGUGAAGGAGAUCCUCGGCCUGCACUCCAAGCAGCUCGUCCAGCGUCGCGUGGCCAACCAGACGCGUCUGGGCAAGGUGCAGAAGGCGUCCAUCAUGUACGUGGUCGGCAACGGCAACGGCUGGGUCGGCAUCGGCGAGGCCAAGUCGACCGAGCCGAGCAUUGCGGCGCUCAAAGCCCGCCUCCUGGCUAUCCGCAACAUGCGGCCGAUCCGGCGAUACGAGAAACGGACCAUCUACGGCUCCGUCACGGCCAAGGUGUCGGGCACCAUCGUCAAGAUGAACGCCCGCCCACCAGGAUUCGGCCUCCGCGUAUCGCACCGCAUCUUCGAGAUGUGCCGGGCCGCCGGCAUCCAGGACCUCGCCGCCAACAUCCCGCGGUCGCGCAACCCCAUGAACACGGUCAAGGCCGCCUACUGGGCGCUCUGCAACCAGCCCGACCCGGAACAGAUGGCCAUUGGCCGCGGCAAGAAGAUGGUGGACGUGCGCAAGGUGUACUACGGCGGGGCCAUUUUUUAAUCCAAUCCAUGUAUUAUUGGUUUGUUUUGUCCGUCCGUCUGUCCGUCCGACUGGCGGGCGGGCGGGCUGGGAUGGGUGCGGUAGACUCCACUGUAGAAUCUUGUAUAAACAGCGCGGUGUGGGGGUGUACAUGUAUGCCAUGCGGCCUGCUUCUUGCAGCGUGCUUGGGUAUGGUGCAGUGUGGUGGGAUGGGCCGUUGUCCUCUCCGGCUGCGAACCCCCCAGCCAACUCGGUCGUCAAACCUAUGCUUGCAUCGCUAGUUCCCACCACCUUGCUUGCCCACAGGCACUCAAAGCCCCGAUCCCCACCGCGGGGCGUGGUUUCUCCAGCCCUUUGCGCCGCCUGUCCUCCACAACACGAGCCACCAUGCACCUCCAUCAUAAUCCACCCAUCCAUCCAUAACCACGGGGUAUAUAAUAACAUAACCAUCCACCUAUUCAUAACCCAUCCCAC